UUUAAUAAAAGAUCUGCCAUUGUGCAUACAUUACAAUGAAAUGCAUAUUUAGCCUAUAAUUAAGUUUUUUUUAACAAUUCAUUUGGAUCUGGGGCAUUAUGUUUCCUGGACUGGCCAAGACAGCACUCUAUCUGUCUUCAUGCCACAGGGUUUUUUUCCUUAAGUGGACCUGCUCUCCAGACGAGUGUGAGACUUUUCCGCGUCCUGCUGCAGCUCACCCGGCCCCCUGUUCUCCCCAUUGGCGCCUCCCCGGCUUCUUUUCCCACUGCUGAGAGGCGCAGGACGCGGCCACAGCGGCGGGAAGCAAAUUAUCUACAAGCACUUCCCUUAAAAAAAAAAAAAGUUCACACACACACAGAUGCCACCACAAGUAGCGACUCACAUCGUCUUAGACCUUUACGAGGCAGCUUCCUGGGAAUAACCUGACAGAAGGAUAUAGUAUAACAAAAUGUUUAAUUAUUAUUCUUCCUUUAUUCGUUUAAGCCAGGUGUUUUCUAUUGCCUUUGUUUCUGUCCUUUUCGCAGUCCGGUUCCACAACUUUAAAAUGCUCAACAUUUUUGCCAUACUGUUCAAAUAGCUUGAGCAGGGUUUGGGCCUGAACUCGUAUUUUGUGUUUGAUUGAGACGCACAGGGCGCAGCUGUGUGCAGCUGGAGAACAAGAGCACAAGAUAGGGUAAGACAGUCCAGGAAAUUCCUUUAUAUAUGCGAUUUGAUCUCUUUAAUAAUUAUCAAAUAAGAGGACUACAAUGCCUUAAUGGCCUGACUUCUGAUGCAACCAACGCGUUUUGCUGCUGUUGGAUGCAGUGGAGGAGCGCACCACGACCGCACUGAGACACAAAGCCCCCAGAAACUGAGAGACAAAUAUCGCUACUCCUGCACUUGCUGUGGGAAGUGUGGAUACUGUCGGGACUGUUAGCAGGCACCGCAUCUGUCAAACUCAUGGGAUCCUCUUGCCCCCCGGGCCAGUGGGAGCUCUGCUGAGGGCUCCACUGCGCAUGUCAGAGAGCUGGACAGCUCCAGAGAGGGAAAUUUAAAAACGGUUUCUGGAGAAUCAAGGGCAACACCGUGAAAUACAGUACAGGGGCUCACGACUGGCUCACACAAUCUUCAGUAUCAUCCAAAACAGGUGAUUUUGUUUUAUGAUUUUUCUGUUUUAGCGUCUUUAUAAACCAAUUGACAUUUUAAUGAUUUUAGACUUUAGCCAUAAUUUUCUCUGUAGGUAAAUGAAGACAUUUAAAUCUAUGCUGCAUUAAUGUGACAGAACUGUUAUGUAAACCGUAGAACUGAAUGUUUAUUGAGUACAAAUCUAUAUGAUUCUGUUUGUUCUAUGCAUUUUUAUUUUUUUUAUUUCUGAGAAUUAAGGGGAACAAAAACAGUCUAACAGUAAAAUGGGCUUUGGCUUCAACAAGGCAUCCUGAUUUCAGAAAUAAAAUGUUGGCUUCUACUAUAAAUUUAUUUUUGAGCUUUAUUCUUGGGUCUAGAAUGUUGGCUUUUUAUGGGGCAUUUUAGCACAUACAGUCUGUUUAUUUACUAAAGAAGACUCUGAAUAUUUUUAUUGUAGUAACUACUUUUACAUUUCCGCUUGAAGAGCCACUGAGGGCAUAAACUAGAGAAUGUUAAUUUUAUUUAUCUCAAUGCAGACAUAUCACAUAUCACAGGAAAUGAUAGAAGGUGGAAUAACAUCCAGGAUGUCAGGAAUAAUUGAGAAUGCUGGGCACCAUCCGUCUCCACAAGACUACAGGCUUCUGACCACGGACCCCUCCCAGCUGAGGGAGGAGGACCUCCCUGGGGACCUGCAGUCUCUGUCAUGGCUCACCUCUGUGGAUGUGCCCCGACUACAGCAGAUGGCUGAUAGCCGAGGCCACAGUAACGGGCCUUCCCAGGGCAGCAUGUUGGAGCAACAGACAGCUCAGCUGAGCAAUAUAUCAGUGACAACGGGACAGGGCUCCAUGCUCCACCUCCAGAGCAACAUGCAGCACAGCCCUUUGGGAAUCAACAUCAUUAACACCCACAGCGGAAGUAUGUCUCCAUUCUCCAUGAAUGGCAUGCCCUCUCCAGGAUACCAGUGCCCUACCUCAGCCUACCAGCCUACACCACAGCAGGUGUACUCUCUAACCCAAACUGGACAACAGGGUUCAACUGAUGGGCUUUAUAGCAAUGUCUCUUUCAACAACCAAAGUCUAUUCUCACACCCUCGUUUGGCUCCACAAGAACAGGAUCUGCAGCCCAAGUCUUUCCCAAAGCCGAUCUACUCCUACAGGUCAGCACACAAACACUUGGCUAGAGUAAAACAAAAACAUGCACCACAUUUCCUGCAUUUCACCCAAUCUGCUUCAAACGUCAUCGAAAUAAUUUUUCUUCUCAGCUGUUUGAUCGCCAUGGCUCUGAAGAACAGCAAAACUGGCAGCCUCCCAGUCAGUGAGAUCUAUAGCUUUAUGAAGGAACACUUUCCUUAUUUCAAGACAGCACCUGAUGGAUGGAAAAAUUCCGUCAGACACAACCUGUCCUUAAACAAAUGCUUUGAGAAAGUGGAGAACAAGACGAGCAGCGCAUCCCGUAAGGGCUGCUUAUGGGCACUGAACCCUGCCAAAAUUGACAAGAUGGAGGAAGAGAUGCAGAAGUGGAAACGCAAGGACCUUCCAGCCAUCCACCGCAGCAUGGCUAACCCAGAUGAGCUGGACAAACUGAUCACAGACCGCCCAGAGAACUGCAGACGUAAGGCUUUAGAGCCCACCAUGGGCCGGAUUCCCAGCUGUCCAACAGGCCUCCCGCUGCCUGUCCCAGCCCAGAUGCAGCCUCAACCUAUAGUCACACUGUCUCUGCCAUGUUUACCCAUGCACCAGCACCACCAGCUUCAGGCCCAGCUCCAGGCGCAGGCCCGUCUUGCACCCAUGUCCCCUGCCCCGGCCCAGACACCUCCCCUCCAUGCAGUCCCUGACCUUUCCCAGAGUCCACUCACCCAGCAGCCCGGCAAGCCCCCAGACGUUUUCUACAUCGUGCAUGGUGAUAUGCAUACAGAGGUGGAUGCACUGGACCCUAGCAUCGUGGACUUUGCCCUUCAAGGUAAUCUGUGGGAGGAAAUCAAGGAUGACAGCUUUAACCUGGAUGCUUUGGGUACCUUAAGUAACUCACCCCUGCGACUAUCAGACUGUGAUUUGGUAACAGCCAACCUCCCUCCUGCCUCCACUGGAGCAAAUCUGCCACUGUCAGAUGUGCAGGUGACAGGCCUCUACGCUUCCUACACUUCCCAGGAGCCCCUGUCAUCCCAGUACAUGGGCGCACCCGCCAGCAGCAAACCCAUCGCCCUGCUUUAAAAUAACCGUUUCUAACAGAAUCAAUGCAACUUAUUAGCCUGUCUGUGGAUACCUGUGGACGCCAACUGAAGGAAUCUGAAGUCUGGUUUGUUUUGUGCUAUUAAAAGUACCAAUCACACUGCUUUCCUACAGUUAGAUGGGAACUACCUGGAGAAGGAUGUUUGAAAAUCAUUUCACAUACAGUCCACAAGAAAACUGCUCAUUAAGAACCAUUGUAAGAAAAAGUAUGUAGGACAAAAUACUGUAUCCAGUUUUGCCAAGCAAAGACUUAAAGCCCGUGCGAGUACAAAGACUGUGGAUAAGUGUGUGUAAUUUAGCAUCCACCAGUUUUUUUUUUUUUUACUGUUCACUCUGCAUUUUAAGGCCCCUUCAUACUCCCUGUAGCUCCUUGGCUCUUCUUUGUUGUAUUGUGCUAGACAUUAUUGCUGUGAUGUUUUAUUUAUAUUUAUAAAAGGCGGCUGGAGAAGGUGAUGACUUUAUCAAUCUUUUGCUGUAUAUAUUUGAAUGUUUCAAAUUACUAUCGCCAGAGGAAGGUUUUUCUUUUGACUGCAUUUACCCACUUCAUUCCAAAAUGCAAAUGUGUGCCAACACUAUGAGUAAUCUAGAUUUUUAGCAUUGUUGAUCUACAUAUGGUGAUUAACAUGUCUGAAAGUCAGAUGUAUAUCAUGUUCAU